UAUCUGAAAUUUAAUUAUAAAAUCUUUAUAAAUCUCUGUUUAAUUAAACUGCACCAAACCAAAGUUUCUUGAUCGGUUACCUUGAAAAAAUGUCUGGUUUCGUUAGACGGAAGCGAGUCACCGAUCCGCUAGACGACGAUGCAAAAGCUCGAAUCGUCGGCAGCCAACUCAGUUACGUUAGUAGCGGUAGUGAACAUUCUGCUGAUCUUAACGACGAGUCACCGUGCUUAUCUGAACUCGUCCACGGCUUUCUCGAAAUCGACGAAGAUUUCGAGACUCAGUCAUCGUGCAGUAACUACGACUCCGAUUCCGAGCGAGUCGACCUAGUCGCCGAAUGCACCGAGUUCGCCGAAGAUAUUCUAAGAUCAAUCUCAAUCCUCAACGGACUGGAUUCGUACAGAAAUCUGUUAUAUUCUCACGUUUUAAAAGCAACGGAAAUGCAUUACUUAUGGAGAGAUCAAAAACCUGCGUUUAGGCGCAAAGUGAUGUCGUUUUUACGCGAGCUAGGGCACAAUGCAGCCAUUUGUAAAACAAAAUGGGAGUCCUCCGGCGGAUUAACUGGCGGAAACUUUGAGUGCAUCGACGUCGUCGUUUCAAAUUCUCAAACGCGGUACAUUAUCGAUCUCGAGUUCGCUUCACAAUUUGAGAUCGCGAGACCUACGAGUCAUUAUCUAACGCUGUUACAGUCACUGCCUAGGGUUUUAGUCGGAAAAAGUGACGAUUUGAAGCGGAUUAUCAAACUUAUGAGUGACGCCGCUAAAAGAUCGUUGAAGAGCAGAGAUUUAACUCUUCCUCCGUGGAGAAAAAACCGUUACAUGCAAAAUAAAUGGCUCGGGCCGUACCGCCGGACGUCUAAUCAAGUAUCGGGUAACCCGGCCGUGAUCGGAUCAGGAUCAGGAUCAGGAUCACACGUUAAUGCUGUUAAAUGUCGUCUUGUAGGAUUUGACGACGGUGUUAAUAAUUGUUUGUUUGUUCGUACCAGAUAAUUUUAAUUACUAAUAUUUAUUAUUAAUUUCACAAAAUAACAAAUUAUGAGUUUAGGAGUUUUUUUUAA